UGGACGUUUGAUGUGGUGUUUGUCAAGUUUGUGCUAUUGUGUGUUUACAGUGAUUUUUAUCUCGUUACUAUAAUCCAAAUUAAAGUAUAAGCUUUUAAGGAGUAGAUGAAGGUGACAGUAUGUCUCGCAAUAAAGACAAGCAUGAGGGCGCUAGCGGGCGCACGUACCACAUUAUGUCGGAAGCGGAGCGGGCAUCUGGCAGGCGCGGAGGCUGGACUACGCUUGAGAUAACAGGAGGUGUGCGCGCUCUGGCGCCUCCAUUGUUCCAACUGACGCACCUGACCGCGUUGUACCUGAAUGACAAUUCCCUGCAGAGGAUCCCACCCGACAUCAGCCAGUUGGCCAAUCUUCACACGCUCGACAUGUCCAAUAACAAGCUAAGAACAUUGCCCGCUGAGCUUGGAGAUUUGAUACAGCUUAGAGAACUACACUUACACAACAAUUACCUCAGGGUAUUACCAUACGAUCUCGGUAAGCUGUUUCAUCUCCAGCUGCUCGGCCUUCAAGGCAACCCUCUCAGCAAGGAAAUGCUCUCCAUUUACAACGACAACAACGGAACCGCUAAGCUGCUGACGUACCUCCUCGACAAUUUACAAGUUAAUUUUGUUACAGUAACUGCCACCCAACCACCGCAGAGGCCUUGGAUACCGUUGACGCGACCAAACAGGACUCGUCCGACUUGUAUAUUCACAGUGAUGUGUUACAAUGUUCUAUGCGACAAGUACGCGACAAGACAGAUGUACGGAUACUGCCCCAGCUGGGCGCUCGAGUGGGACUACAGGAAGAAGGGCAUACUCGACGAGAUCAGACAUUAUUCAGCGGACAUCAUCAGCUUACAGGAAGUGGAAACGGAUCAGUUCUAUAAUUUUUUUCUCCCGGAGCUGAAACAAGACGGUUACGAUGGUAUAUUUUCCCCAAAAUCACGCGCAAAAACAAUGUCCGAAUCAGAACGGAAAUAUGUUGAUGGGUGCGCGAUUUUUUUUAGAUCUGCUAAAUUCUCAUUAGUAAAGGAACAUCUAAUCGAAUUUAAUCAAUUAGCAAUGGCGAAUAGCGAAGGUUCGGAUAACAUGUUGAACCGAGUGAUGCCGAAAGACAACAUAGGUCUAGCCGCGCUAUUGAAGACCAAGGAGGCGGCGUGGGAAAACGGUAUACCAACAGACUCAUCGACGCUCGCACAACCAAUCGUAGUGUGUACUGCACAUAUACACUGGGACCCAGAAUUCUGUGACGUCAAAUUAAUCCAAACUAUGAUGCUCAGUAACGAACUAAGGUCCAUUCUAGACGAUUCCGCAAGAACUCUACGCCUGUCGGGAAUGAAGGACAACGUACAGCUAUUGCUGUGUGGCGACUUUAACUCUCUGCCAGAUAGUGGAGUGGUCGAGUUUCUAUCGGCGGGUCGAGUGUCUGCGGAUCAUCGGGAUUUCAAGGAAUUGGGUUACGCGACGUCGUUAAGACGCAUGCCCGGUUCGGAGCAUGAGUUCACGCACAAUUUCAAACUGGCCUCGGCAUAUAGCGAAGACAUCAUGCCCUACACUAAUUACACAUUCGACUUCAAAGGCAUCAUCGACUACAUCUUCUACAGCAAGCAGUCGAUGACUCCGUUAGGGCUGCUGGGCCCGCUGUCGCAAGACUGGUUCCGAGAGCACAAGGUGGUCGGCUGUCCCCAUCCGCACAUACCCUCAGACCACUUCCCGCUGUUAGUCGAGCUCGAGAUGUGUCCGAGCUCGAGCAGCAACAGUAACGGCCUGAUCGGGCGCAGGUAGCACUCGUCGCGCUCCAGGCACCAGCACCAGCACCAGCACCAACACCAACACCAGCACCAACAUCACCAGCAACACCGCGACCGCACGUCCAACACGUGAGGGUGAGAUCUACCAACUUUUAGAAAUAUUAGAUUAUGACACCGUAUGGACACGUUUGUAUAGCCCGUUGGACGAACUUUAUCAAUACAAGGAACAUUUCAGCUGAUGAUUUUGUUUAAUAUAAUAUAAUACGAUCGAAUAAUCAUAGGUUAGUUAUAUAAUGUUAAUAGACAAUCAAAUUUUUUAAUAAAAUCUUGUAUGUUCAUUGUGUGUACAUUGUAUUUUACGUACGUUGUUUAUAUAAGUAAAUUUUAUCUUUAGAAAUAUUCUUUGAUGCUUUUUACAAUUAAAAUUAGCGACUCGACUUAAGUUUGUUUAAAGUUACGUUGUACAUUAGAGUUCAAUGAUUGAUGAAAAUGUUUGAAUUAAUUUAAUAAGCAUAAAAUAACAUAAGUAUUGAAUUAUAUAAAGCAAUCUAUUGCAAACGUGUCUCAUUAUAUAAAUAAAAUAAUUUACAUAAAGGAAUGUAAUUAAUUAAAUAUAUUUUUUAAUAGAUUAUGUUCUAAAAGUUGGUAGUAUUAUAAAAUAAACGAGAUACGAUAUUGUGGAAGCGAAUGAAUCUGAAAAUUAAUCAUUCGUUUCAAUCGUUCAAUUUUAUUAUCUGUCGUAAUGUUAAAAUGAGUAAACGUUUGCUUUAUUAAAUUAAAUACAAUAGCGUAUCUCGUUAGGAAAACUGCCUUAGUAAUAUUGUAAAGCGUGUAAAAAAAUAUAGUACGCCGAGCAUUGUCUCUGCUCACUGGACGAGUUACAAAUUAGUUGACAUGAUUAUAAUAGAUGAUAUAUUACUGUCCGGUGACGAGGCUCAGGUGAUAGGCUUAGUGUAUGGACAUUGCUCAUUUCAAUCGUUUUCGAAUGAUUUCGAAGUUUGCUAUCGGUGAUACGGCUUAGUUAAGUUUGUGACGUCUGUGCAAUUCCCACCCCGCGGGGUAAAAUGUUUUUUUUUUUCUUUUUUUCGUUUUGUAUUCGACGUUUAAAUCGAAGCGACAUUUGGAUCCGUGUUAAUUAUAAAUUAUUAUUGAAUCGAGAGAUGAAUAUUUUUUCAAUAUGAUAGUUUGUCGGCAAAUUUACGCUUAGUUUAAUGAUAAUUAUACAGUUGAGGAAUACGAUAUAUUUUAUUGUAUGUCAUCGGAACCUGAUGUGGAAUCGAAAUUAAAGAAUUUGACAUUAAAACUGGUUUUAUUUAUUUAUUUUAGAUUUUUCGGUGAAAACUUUUUUUUUUUACAUUUGACAUAAAAACUUUAUAGUCUAUAUUAUAUAUUAAAUUGAUUCUAAAUUAAUUUGAAUAAAAAUCGAUUUUAAUCAGGUUUCGAUAACGUUAUGAAAUCAAGUGUUUUUUUUUUUACAUAUUGUGAAAACGAUGCACAAAAUCGUCGACAAAUUGACAAACGUCCAUUUACUAAUUAGUGUUAAAAUUCCUCCACUGUAUAUUAUUUAGGUAUAGAAUCUGGGCAUAUUAUGCAAUGUUGCGUAAGAUCAUGAGAUGAGUUUGAACAUGUUUGAUAAAUAUACUAUAUACGAAUGACGGAGUAAAGAUAAACAAACAUUAUAUAUACAUAUACAUAUUUCAUGCGAUUUGAUAUAGAUCUGUUAUAUACACUAUAAAAAGUCCUACAUUGAUAUAUCGUUAUUUAUAAUACAAAACUAUUCCGCUUACUACUAAUAUUCACUUUAAAGUCACUUCUGAAGUCCCGAUAACAAUUUAGCCGACAUUCAAAACAAACGUCAUCGAUGACGUCAUCACAGUUCAAGGUCAUACUUGUUUAUUUAUCUUCACUCCAUUGGAUAGGCUUUAUGUCAUUCAAUAUCGUUCGUUCGAUACGUUGCGACCAAUGAGACGAUUCACAAAAAUCAUUAUAAUAGAUACUCCGUAAUCUCAUUCUUUUAUUUGAAACUGUUCAUCAAAGACAAUCACAAAUCAUUAAAAUUUUUUCAAUCGUAUUACAAAACUAUUUGAUAUUUGUCUAUUAUAUGAAUUGUCUCUCUGGUUGUGCGUCGUUAAAGUAUGGGAAUCUUGUAAUACAAUUAGCGUUGCAAUGUAGGCAGCUUUGUAUGGUUGUAAUAUCCAUAUUAAGCGUGAUCGUGUCUUUAUAGAAGUUUUGACGCCGGUUAGGUUACGACGGUUAGUGGUGAAGCGGUUGAUGGCGGUCGGUUGGUAUCGCGGUUCUGUGAACAAAGUCGGGUGACGCUCUUAGGUUAAUAAAAACAUCGUGUGUUCCAACAAACUUCUCAGCGAGACUUAUUACCCCCAUUUUUAUUCCCUUCCAAAACGUUCUUAGUGAUUUUUUUUUAUAUGUAUGGUGUACGUAAGUUUAGCUUAGUAUUAAUUAGUCUCCGUUUUAUUAUGAAAUCUUCUUCCCCAGCGGACGUCGCUGUCGGACAUCUCUUUUAGUCGUAAGUAGGAUAUGUGACGAACUUGUACUCCAUCGUAAAUGAUAUUUCACAAAUUAAUUCGAUUUAAGUUCGUUCUAAGUUUUAAAAUUUAAUUAUUUUUCGUAGUCACGAUUCAGUAUUCGUCGUUCCUUCUAAUGGUCUGACCCAAAAUUACGUUGACGUUAGAUGCAUUUUAUUCGUUAGUUCUUAUUAGACUUUAAAUCGAAUUUUCUGGAGUUGGUCGACAGCGAGCCGCCUUCGUUAGUAAUAGCGGGUAGCAUACUGGCGUAGUACAAAUGUAUGUGGUGAGUGUAAGGUGGGCGUGGUCACUGCGUCGCGUGUCUCGAUAUCGCCUCCUGAUUGCUUGCAAGGACGUACCUUGACCGUACGAAUGACAGUCGAGUGCGAUGUUGCGAUGUUUCUAGAUUGUUAAAAGUUUUUAUUGAACUACUAGAUAUAGCAAUUCUAGAACAAUAAAAUAGUUUUCUUUACUCCAAUACAAUAUAAACAAUAGUAUUUUAUAUCACGAUAAUCGUUACUUGUCAUAUACUCUGUGUAGACUUGCGGUAUCGAGUAGUUCUUGAAAUAAUAUUUUUUGUCUGUCGGUGACAUGUCAGAUGUUUCGGUCAAAGCGCUAAUUUAUUUUAAAUCAUACAUAGGCAGUGAGCGAUGUUAUCUUUGCUCUUUAAAUCACCCCCAACUUUUUUCUUUUACUGGUAAACAUAUCAUUUUUAAUUUCCUUGGACCCGUUUUUUUUAUGUGUAACUUAUCUUAAGGAUUGAAUUAUUCAAGUUCUUUGUUCUCAAAUGUUUUUGUUUUCGAACUUGACCAAAACAUCUACGUCGAACCUUCGUUGUGAAGCGUUUUCGUCUCAUACGAGUGUCUAGUGAUAUUUACAGAAACAUUUUAUAUAACUAAAAAAUAUAUGGACCAUUGCAUAGUUGUAUCAACGCUUUACAUGUCCUCUCAAUUGGAAUUAUAUAAUUAUUAUUUUGAAUAUUUUUUUAUUCAAUAUAUUAUAUUAUUAUGUAUAUCAAAUGAUAGGUGCUGUUGUAUUUAAUUUAAUGUUACUAGCGUUUGUGAUAGGGUUACGUCUCUCUUGUACUUGUACUUGUAUCUGAUGAAUUGUAUUGGAAAUAAUGAGCCAAAUCAUGUUAAAGGGUAUAUUAAAUUAUUACUUUUAGGAAUAAUGUGAUCGACAUGGAGUUUUUAUACGAUACAAAUUUUACUAAGAAUGCUGGAUAUUGUUUUUUUUUAUGUUUUUUUCUGAUUACAAAUAGAUUUUAAUGUCAUAUCAUGAUAAUCUUGUUCUGAUACGUUUUUUAUGGAAAUUAUCGUAGGAUUUUAAGAUUCUUAAAUGUUGAUAUUUUUCUAAAUGUGAAUGUUUCGUGAGCACAAAGUAUGGUGAGGUGUGGUAUCACGGUAUCGAAUCACAUUGGAAGAAUUUCAAGCGAAACAUGAUCAUAGCACAAUAGGGUCCUAUUAAUCCGAACACAAAUUGUCCUAACAUUCGGUUGACCCGAUCGAGAUAAAAUAAAAGUUCAAACUUCUUUUGCCAACCGUCUCAAUUUGUACGUAUAAAGCAGAUCAAUGACACGUUACGUAUUGUAAAAAAAAAUGACAAAAUAACCCCUACUUUUAUGGUGAUUCGAACGGUACCCGGUCCGGUCUUGUCCGGUUUAGUGGGACUCUAUUGUAGCACUUGGCUAUAGUUCUAAAACUUGUUAUAAUCUCGACUAUAUUGUGAACGAAUAGUCCGACCGUUCUGUUCGAUAUGAUUCCGUAUAUAAUAUAUCCGAUAUUGUUAGUAUUUUUGCAUUUAUCACAUUUGUAUGUAUUAACUUUGUGUAUAACUCGGUCCACCGAUUUCGAACAACGGGCAAAGCGAAGAGCAAAUCAAAAGUCUGAAUCCAUAGAUGCUAUUGAUAUUUCUUAAUUUGAGAUUCAAAUAAGUACUUACAUGCUGAUGAGUUUAAGUUAAAUUUUUGUUUUUUUUUUUUUUAAAUAAAGGAAUGCAUACACUAAACCUCGUUUAUAGGAAACAUUUUUAAAAUAUUUGACAUUAUUAAUUUAUUAUUGUUCUUUUACAAGAGUUUGGAAAUUUAUUUAUUUAUUUAUAGCAAGUAUACUAAACAAUAAAUCGCUAGUUAAGUGUAUGCAUUCCUCUACUUGUGCUUAUGUAACUUAAGAUACGAGAUAUAAUUUUUAUCGACAAUCACUGUUUAAAGAUUGUUUAAAUUCGAAUUAGGUCUUCAUACUUUUUUUGUGGUUUCUAUACAAAUUUCAACUGUGAGCGUUUUUCGGUCUGCCUAGCGAAGUCGCACUCGUUUGGAAACUUUAAAGAAAUUCAUUCAUAUUGAACUUAUAGUCAGUGACGGCUUUAGGGACGGGCGCCGGGGCCAAGUACGCGCUAGUGAUGCACCGCGCCCAAAAAUUAAUCGAUCAAAACUUACCAGCUUUAAACAGUCAGUUGAAAUUUUAAUAUCAGAUGUAAAGCACCUAGGUGCCUUUAUAUCUAAAGCCGGCGCUAUACACGUUGAUUAGUAAGAUCAGUAUUUAAAAACAGUAGACGUAACGCAAUACUGCUUAUGAAUAAUGAGAGCUUUAUUGUAUCAAUUUUUUAUCUUACUUGUGGUAGGACAUGUGAUCUCUUUUAUUUUUAAUUGAAUUUUGAUGGUCAAUUUUACUUAAUAGUCCUAUCAGUAUAGUGUUGAAAUAGGAAAUUAUUGUCGCACAUUACGCUCGUUAUAAUUGUAUAUAUAUAUAUUUUACAUAACUGAUGCCAUCCGGAACAUAUAACGAUAUAUCUUCUGACGCAUUAUUGAAAAUACUCACUUGUUUUUUUUCAUCUGUAUAUUACGAUUGGACUAUUCUAUUUGUACAUAUUUGUAUUAUAUGUAACUUUACAUUUAUAUGUAAAUAUGUUGACAAAUAAUAUUUUCUAUUUCAUUUGAAAUAUUAUUUUAUGUUUAUUUAUAUAAUUCAUCUACAUUAUUAAUUUUUUUUUUUUAUAUAGAAAGAUUGAGAAUAUUCAAUAAUGCGAAUAAAUAUUGGAUAGUAAAUAAAUACACGGGAAGCCUUCGAGUUAUCAAUGUUUCAUUUGUAAAUAUGUAAAACCACAAUCAAUGCUAACAACGAGCGAGCCGUCGCAUACUGUCACACGUUUGGACUUCUGCGCAAAUUUGACAAACAAACGGACACGCAAGGAAACCGUUGGACCGGUCACGUGAAACGUUACGAACGAACGCUGCACGCACAUCACUUCGAACAGACUCACUUCCUGUUACGCAAUAUCCUUUCCCCAUACACAUUGGGUGCAACGUUUCUGUCGCGUUAAACGUCAGUGUGUAGCCGGCCUUAGCGUGCGAGCCUCGAAUAGGUGUAUCUCGACAGACAUUCCACAGGCCCUAUCGAAUUAGCUCAAUACUAAAGACUGUUUGAGACUUUAAAAAAAGAAAUAUCAUAAUGAAAAAAAAAUAUUUUCUGAAGCACCUUAACGAGUUUACAAAACGUGUUUUAUGGUGAUUUAAUGAUAAGAUCGCAAUGUUUAACUCACUAGUAUGUAAGGACAAAUGCUUUACGUCACUGUGAUAGACAAUAUAAAUAUACCUGAGAGAAACACCAUAGGCAUUUAUGUGAAAUUUAGAAGAAAAAAAAUAUGAGAAAUAAUGUAAUGAUGUAACUACCCUCAAAUUGUGAACGCUGCUUGAUUUUGUACACUUCAAUUAAAAAUAGUCAACAUUCGAUACGACAUAAUUCUCCGGUUUUGUCAGAACUAGAUCGAUCAUUGAUUACAUUUAUCGUGUUACAAAGUCAAGCAACGUGAUGUUAACGCCCGGUAUCCACCUACGCGGAAAUGUGCGGCUAGGAGAGUAGUAGCGUAAAUAAUCAAUAGGCUGUCGCUGUUCUCACAUAGCCCGCUUAGUUACGAGAUAAGUAGCGGAGAUUUCUUCCGUUCGCCCAUGCCCGCUCAGGUGGAUACGGGGCCUUAAGACGGUUAACGUUAAAGUACAAAGCGUAUGUGCAGAAGUCGGUCUGGGCUCGUGUCGAGCGGUGAGGUGAGCGUGCAUGUGUGUGUGUGUGUGUCGCCGGCCCGCGUCUCGCUGUGCUGUUUGUUGACACAUUAUGUAUAUUUGAAUGAAUAAAAUUAUAAGAAAAAUAUGAAUUUUA